AUGGCCUACUCCUCCAGUGGUCGCUUGGCAUUUGUCGCAGUCACUGCGCUUUGGGUGUGGGCUGCAAGCACCGCCUUCGUGUCUUCGAACAGCGGCGUGAAGGGCUUGCGUGGAGCAGAGAGGCACUCCCACGCCGAGUACGCCCCUUUCCCUACUACACAAGAGAUGGGAGAACCAGGUGCACCCAGCCUGCCUUCUGGCUUGCAGGCAGUGCUGUUGGCGGCAGUCGUUGGCUUGAUGGUGGGUCUUGCUCCUGUCCGCGCUGAGGAAGAUGUGACCAAAGAGCUGGGUGGUGCUGAGCAAAGGGCUUUCAAGUCCAAGACUCGAAAAUCAUUGAAGAAGGAGAAGGCCAAGGCCACUGGGGCCACCAUUGUUGAGGAUGACACUGGCAAGAAGAAGCGUGUCAUCAUUUCCCCUGCCGAUGAAUUGGAUGAGGAUGAACUGUCCCCUACACGGCCAAACCAGCCUUUGCUCUUCUUGAUCUACGCCACUCCAGUGACCCUCUACCUGACCUUCUACGUCUUGGGAUCAUUAAACAUCAUUUGA